AUGGGAGCAGUAUCUGAGGGAACAGUAUCUGUGGGAGCAUUAUCCGAGAGAGCAGUAUCUGUGGGACCAGUAACUGUGGGAGCAGUAUCUAAGAGAGCAGUAUCUAUGGGAGCAGUAUCUAUGGGAGCAGUAUCUGAGGGAACAGUAUCUGUGGGAGCAUUAUCCGAGAGAGCAGUAUCUGUGGGAGCAGUAACUGUGGGAGCAGUAUCUGUGGGAGCAGUAAAUGUAGGAACAGUAUCCAAGAGAGCUGUAUCUAUGGGAGCAGUAUCUGAGAGAGCAGUAUCUGAGGGAGCAGUAUCUGUGGGAGCAGUGUCUGAGGGACCAGUAUCUGUGGGAGCAUUAUCCGAGAGAGCAGUAUCUGUGGGAGCAGUAACUGUGGGUGCAGUAUCUAAGAGAGCCAUAUCUAUGGGAGCAGUAUCUAUGGGAGCAGUAUCUGAGGGAACAGUAUCUGUGGGAGCAUUAUCCGAGACAGCAGUAUCUGUGGGAGCAGUAACUGUGGGAGCAGUAUCUGUGGGAGCAGUAAAUGUAGGAACAGUAUCCAAGAGAGCUGUAUCUAUGGGAGCAGUAUCUGAGAGAGCAGUAUCUGAGGGAGCAGUAUCUGUGGGAGCAGCAUCUGUGGGACCAGUAUCUGAGGGAGCAGUAACUACAGGAACACUAUCCCCGGGAGCAGUAUCUGAGGGAGGAGUAACAGUGGGAGCAGUAACUGUGGGAGCAGUAUCUAAGAGAGCAGUAUCUAUGGGAGCAGUAUCUGAGGGAACAGUAUCUGUGGGAGCAUUAUCCGAGAGAGCAGUAUCUGUGGGAGCAGUAACUGUGGGAGCAGUAUCUAAGAGAGCUGUAUCUAUGGGAGCAGUAUCUGAGGGAAUAGUAUCUGUGGGAGCAUUACCCGAGACAGCAGUAUCUGUGGGAGCAGUAACUGUGGGAGCAGUAUCUGUGGGAGCAGUAAAUGUAGGAACAGUAUCCAAGAAAGCAGUAUCUAUGGGAGCAGUAUCUGAGGGAGCAGUAUCUUUGGGAGCAGUAUCUGAGAGAGCAGUAUCUGAGGGAGCAGUAUCUGUGGGAGCAGUAUCUGAGGGAGCAGUAACUACAGGAAUACUAUCCCCGGGAACAGUAUCUGAGGGAGCAGUAUCUGUGGGAGCAGUAAUUGUGGGAGCAGUAUCCGAGGGAGCAGUAACUACAGGAACACCAUCCCCGGGAACAGUAUCUGAGGGAGCCGUAACUGUGGGAGCAGUAUCUGUGGGAGCAGUAUCUGUGGGAGCAGUAUCUGUGGGAGCAGUAUCUGAGGGAACAGUAUCUAUGGGAGCAGUAACUGUGGGAGCAGUAUCUGUGGGAGCAGUAUCUGUGGGAGCAGUAUCUGAGGGAGCAAUAUCUGAGGGAGCAGUGUCUAUGGGAGCAGUAACUGUGGGAGCAGUAUCUGUGGGAGCAGUAUCUGUGGGAGCAGUAUCUGAGGGAGCAGUAACUACAGGAAUACUAUCCCCGGGAACAGUAUCUGAGGGAGCCGUAUUUGUGGGAGCAGUAACUGUGGGAGCAGUAUCUGUGGGAGCAGUAUCCGAGGGAGCAGUAUCUGAGGGAGCAGUAUCUAUGGGAGCAGUAACUGUGGGAGCAGUAUCUGUGGGAGCAGCAUCUGUGGGAGCAGUAACUACAGGAAUACUAUCCCCGGGAACAGUAUCUGUGGGAGCAGUAUCUGAGGGAGCAGUAACUACAGGAACACCAUCCCCGGGAACAGUAUUUGAGGGGGCCGUAACUGUGGGAGCAGUAUCUGUGGGAGCAGUAUCUGUGGGAGCAGUAUCUGUGGGAGCAGUAUCUGAGGGAGCAAUAUCUGAGGGAGCAGUGUCUAUGGGAGCAGUAACUGUGGGAGCAGGUUCUGUGGAAGCAGUAUCUGUGGGAGCAGUAUCUGAGGGAGCAGUAACUACAGGAAUACUAUCCCCGGGAACAGUAUCUGAGGGAGCCGUAUUUGUGGGAGCAGUAACUGUGGGAGCAGUAUCUGUGGGAGCAGUAUCCGAGGGAGCAGUAUCUGAGGGAGCAGUAUCUAUGGGAGCAGUAACUGUGGGAGCAGUAUCUGUGGGAGCAGUAUCUGUGGGAGCAGUAACUACAGGAAUACUAUCCCCGGGAACAGUAUCUGUGGGAGCAGUAUCUGAGGGAGCAGUAACUACAGGAACACUAUCCCCGGGAACAGUAUCUGAGUGA